AUGAAAAUUUCUACAUAUUCUUUGAUUCUUUUGUGCUUCUUUCAAUCCACGCGAGCAAUCUUAAAUCCUAUUGAUUUCUUAGCAUUGCAAUCUAUUCGAAGAUCACUUCACGAUGUUCCUGGUUCGAAUUUCUUUUCAUCCUGGGACUUCACUGACGAUCCGUGCAACUUUGCCGGAGUUUACUGUGUUUCCGAUAAAGUUGUUGCUCUCAAUCUCGGUGAAUCUAGAGCCGGUUCUCCUGGUUUAACCGGAAAAAUAGACACCGCCGUUGGUAAACUCUCUUCUCUCGUCGACUUAACCGUUUCUCCAGGUAGAGUUUACGGUCCUCUUCCUCAGUCCAUUUCCAAAUUGAAGAACCUCAAGUUUCUCGGCAUCAGCCGGAAUUUCAUCUUCGGCGAGAUUCCGGCGGGGCUAAGUCAGCUUCGCAAUCUCAGAACAAUUGAUCUAAGCUACAAUCAGCUCGCCGGAGCUAUUCCUCCGUCAAUCGGUAAAUUGCCGAAUCUAAACAACCUGAUCCUCCGUAAUAACCGUCUCACCGGUUCAAUUCCAUCCUUCGCUUCAGCUAAAAACCUGAACCGGCUCGAUCUAAAGCACAACUCACUCACCGGUUCACUUGCUCCGGAUUCUCUCCCGUCUUCACUACAAUACCUCUCUCUAUCAUGGAACAAGCUUACCGGAACGGUGGAUCGGGUUUUAUACAGACUAAAUCGGCUCAACUACCUUGAUCUAAGCUUCAACCGGUUCACCGGUUCCAUCCCGGCUCAGUUAUUCUCAUUCCCGUUAACCAACUUACAAUUAGAAAGAAACCAAUUAUACGGUCCGGUUGAACCGUUUAAUGAAGUUACAAUCCAAACCGUUGAUCUUAGUUACAACAAACUAUCAGGUGAAAUAUCACCUUUACUAGCCAGUGUGCAAAAUUUGUAUCUAAACAACAACGGUUUCACCGGCGAGGUUCCUGGUAGCUUUGUUGAACGGUUAUUAGCAGCAAAUAUUCAGAUAUUGUAUUUGCAGCAUAAUUAUCUUACCGGAAUUGUGAUUAAUCCAACGGCAGAGAUCCCAUUGAGCAGUUCUCUUUGUUUACAGUAUAACUGUAUGGUUCCUCCUAUUCAGAUGACGUGUCCUUCUAAAGCUGGUUACUUGAAAAUUAGACCUGCUAACCAGUGCAAUCAUUACCAAUACCAUUGA